UCAGGCGCGCGGCGGGAUCGUUUCCGGCGUGCUCCUGCACGCUUAUUCCGCACCCCCCCCCCCUUUCCGGCCUUGCUUUACUUUGGUCUGAGCUUGAAAUUCCUGCCGGGUGAGGGCUGGCCAGAGUUAUGGUGCCCAGCCCACCUCGCCUCUGAGGGGGAGAGAAGCAUCCCCAAGCCAUUUUCUGUUUGCUGACCGCUGCGAGCAUGUCUACGGGGUUCUCUUUCGGGUCCGGGAUGCUGGGCUCAACCACCUUGACCGCGGGCGGAACCAACACUGGUGGUAGUUUCUCUUUCGGCACCGGGACGUCUAGCAACCCUUCCGUGGGGCUCAGUUUUGGAACUCUUCCUGGAAGCACUACAACUCCAGCAACUACAUCUGCUCCUUCCACUGGUUUUGGAACUGGCCUCUUUGGAAGCAAGCCUGCCACUGGUUUCACUCUAGGAGGCACAAGUACAGGAACUGCCGCCACUACAUCUACAACCACAACAGGCUUCAGUCUAGGGUUCAAUAAACCUGCAGCAUCUGCCACACCCUUUGCUCUGCCUAUUACUUCUACCUCAGCCAGUGGUCUUACUCUUUCAUCUGCUCUGACAUCAACUCCAGCAGCAUCCACAGGAUUUACUUUAAAUAAUUUGGGAGGAACAGCAGCAACAACAACAACUGCAUCAACUGGCCUUUCUUUAGGGGGAACCUUAGCAGGUUUGGGAGGUUCACUUUUCCAGAGUGCAAACACAGCAACAUCAGGUCUUGGACAGAAUGCUUUAAGCCUGACUUUGGGAGCUCCGGCAGCCACUUCAACUACGGGCAAUGAAGGCCUUGGUGGUAUAGAUUUUAGUAGCUCCUCAGAUAAAAAGAGUGAUAAAACAGGAACAAGACCAGAGGAUAGUAAAGCGCUGAAAGAUGAAAACCUCCCUCCUGUCAUCUGUCAGGAUGUGGAAAAUCUCCAGAAAUUUGUGAAGGAACAAAAACAGGUCCAAGAAGAAAUUAGUAGAAUGUCUUCAAAAGCAAUGCUUAAAGUCCAGGAAGAUAUUAAAGCCCUGAAGCAACUUCUGUCAUUGGCUUCCAGUGGACUGCAGAGAAACACCCUCAAUAUUGACAAAUUGAAAGUAGAAACUGCCCAGGAGUUAAAGAAUGCUGAAAUAGCUUUAAGAACCCAGAAAACACCACCUGGACUUCAACAUGAAAAUACAGCCCCUGCUGAUUACUUCAGAAUCUUGGUUCAGCAAUUUGAAGUGCAACUUCAGCAGUACAGACAGCAGAUUGAAGAACUAGAAAACCAUCUUGCCACACAAGCAAAUAAUUCACAUAUAACUCCUCAAGAUUUAUCAAUGGCUAUGCAGAAAAUUUAUCAAACAUUUGUAGCUUUAGCUGCACAACUUCAGUCUAUUCAUGAAAAUGUUAAGGUGCUCAAGGAACAGUACCUUGGCUACCGGAAAAUGUUCUUGGGAGAUGCUGUAGAUGUGUUUGAAGCCAGGCGAACAGAAGCUAAGAAGUGGCAGAAUGCACCCAGAGUUACUACUGGACCCACCCCUUUCAGCACCAUGCCAAAUGCAGCAGCCGUUGCCAUGGCUGCAACACUUACACAGCAGCAACAGCCUGCUACAGGGCCACAGCCAUCUCUGGGAGUUAGUUUUGGAACGCCAUUCGGCUCAGGUAUUGGUACUGGCUUGCAAUCAAGUGGCUUAGGUUCUUCAAACCUCGGAGGAUUUGGAACUAGCUCUGGUUUUGGAUGCAGCACCACAGGGGCCUCCACAUUUGGAUUUGGAGCAACAAAUAAACCCUCAGGAAGUCUUAGUGCAGGCUUUGGCAGCUCAAGUACAUCUGGGUUUAACUUCAGCAAUCCUGGCAUCACGGCAUCAGCUGGUUUGACAUUUGGGGUGUCCAAUCCUGCCUCUGCAGGUUUUGGAACAGGAGGACAACUCCUUCAGCUGAAGAAGCCUCCAGCUGGAAACAAAAGAGGAAAAAGAUAAACAUGGGUGGAUAUGUUGAGAGAAUCCUUAGCAGGGUUGUUCAUUCUAUGAAUCUAUUUUUCUAAUGAUGCAGUAAUUGAAUUGCAUCCCAGAUUUAUAAAGUUUUGAUAUUUUCCCUCUCUGGAAUUGGAACUUUGUCACACUGAAUAUCAUCUUUCUUGUAAAUUUAAAAUACAGUUGUAUUUUUUUCAUUGUUUUUGAUUCUCCAUGUAAGAAAUGUUCUGAUUACAUUACUGAUUGAUAGUGGUAAAAGAGCCAUUAACCUAAAUCUAGAAUUUAACCUAGUGUUGAUAGUGGUGUUUGUUGAUAAGGUUUACAUUAUGUGAAUAUAUGCACAUUGGUUUCUUACACAGAUGGUAUGAACUCUAGGGCCUAUACUAGAAUUAGUUUGUUCCUUGAAAAGGCUUUUUUUGAACUACACUGCAGGGCAUCUUGUGAAUAUGUAAGUAAUUACAUACAGAAUAGUGCACACAAUUGUGUGUGCAUAUAAAAAUAUAAUUACAUAC